AUGACUUUGAAGCCAACAAAGGAGAUAUCGGAUUAUCUCAAGGCUGAAUAUAAGGGAGAUGAACGCAUUCGAGGAAUGCAGGAGUAUUCUGAGAGGCUUCUUAGUAUAGCAAGCCAGAUCAGUUUGCUGGACUCUUCUCUUCUAGAGUUAAGAAUUGUUGAAAAUAUCCUUGUAAUUGUUCCUGAAAAAUUUGAGGCAAUAAUUACAUCCUUAGAGAAUACUAACGAUAUGUCAAGCAUCACUCUUGCUGGAUUGUUGAUUGCUCUGCAAGCACAAGAGCAAAGAAGAGCCAUGAGGCAAGAAGGAGUUCUACAUGCAGAAUAUCAUGAAGCUGAUAAAAAUAAGAAAAUGUAA